AAAUUUGCCUGGAUAGGAAGGGGGGAAAGUGUCCGGACUGGAAGGGGGGGAAAGUGUCCGGACUGGAAGGGGGGGAAAGUGUCUGGACUGGAAGGGGGGGAAAGUGUCCGGACUGGAAGGGGGGGAAAGUGUCCGGACUGGAAGGGGGGAAAGUGUCUGGACAGGAAGGGGGGGAAAGUGUCCGGACUGGAAGGAGGUGAAAGUGUCCGGAGUGGAAGGGGGGGAAAGUGUCCGUACUGGAAGGGGGUGAAAGUGUCCGGACUGGAAGGGGGGAAAGUGUCUGGACAGGAAGGGGGGGAAAGUGUCCGGACUGGAAGGAGGUGAAAGUGUCCGUACUGGAAGGGGGUGAAAGUGUCCGGACUGGAAGGGGGGAAAGUGUCCGGACUGGAAGGGGGUGAAAGUGUCCGGACUGGAAGGGGGUGAAAGUGUCCGGACUGGAAGGGGGGGGAAGUGUCCGGACUGGAAGGGGGGAAAGUGUCCGGACUGGAAGGGGGGGAAAGUGUCCAGACUGGAAGGGGGGGAAAGUGUCCAGACUGGAAGGGGGGGAAAGUGUCCAGAC